AUGGAGAACAUUCAGCUAAAUAAUAUUGAGUUCAUUUCAAAGAUAGGGCAGGGCUCCUAUGCAAGCGUAUAUCAUGCAAAAUUAAAGACUUCAGGACGUGGACUAGCCGUAAAGCUAAUUCCAUCGACAGGCAGGGGCAAGGACCUCUCUGCCCUGCGGGAGAUAAAGUACGAUACCAUCCUUCCUGACCAUUACCAUCUUGCAAAAUUGGAGGCUAAAUUCACUAAUGUACCCCAAGCAAAUGGAAGUAAGGUGCACUGCCUCGUAUAUGACCUGAUGGAAUGUGACUUAAGUUUUUUUAUUCGAUCGUAUCAGUCAAAUGGCCUUCUAAUAGAGCCCUUUCAAGUUAGGGACCUCAUGUGGCAGUUGGUACUAGCAGUAGAAGUUAUUCAUCAUCAUAAUGUCAUGCAUCGAGACCUCAAACCGGAAAACCUUUUAUUGAACUCUGUGGUUAAUCCGCGUCUGAAGAUGACGGACUUUGGUAUCGCAGGGGAAAUAGUGAGCAGCGAGGCGGGCCGUUCUUCAGAAGUGGCCGCGUUAGCAUACAGAGCGCCUGAGCUCCUUUUAGGGUGUACACAAUAUGGAGGUGAAAUUGACAUGUGGUCUGUGGGCUGUAUUUUCGCGGAGCUUAUUUCAGGGGAGCAUUUAUUCGGAAUUGUUAAUCCUGACAAUGCGUUAGAUGAAGUAUUCAAAAUAGUCGGAACACCCACAAUGGUGUCCUGGCCAGAGGCUGCGUUUCUGCCCAAGUGGCCAGGCAUUGUGGAAGAGCAUCCCGUUAAUUUUCCCGAGCAACUGCACCGAUGUGGGCCACUCGCUUUCGAUCUCCUGACAUCACUGCUCACUCCGAACCCACGAAAUCGGAUCACUGCUAUAGAGGCCAUGAACCAUGUGUAUUUUGCUCCUUGCCAUAUUGAAUUCUACAAGAGCGUGAAUUUGCCCGGAUGUCGAACAAUAAUGGAUUAA